AUGGGGGAACAGAAUCUUUUUGCGGAAUGUAAGGCAAUCUUGUAUCAUGACGAUUCAGUCCCAGUGGGUACGCUUGAGAUCAGGAGUGCUGCCACGACGCCCACUAGCCCCACCUUUGUCGUCAAUGACACUGAAGCGUCAGACACAUCAGCAAUCCAGAUGGAAACGGCAAAGCGAAGCUAUCCUGGAAAUAUAACCCUCUCAGAAGAUGCACGAAAGUGGAGAUUCGCCGUUCAAAAGCCACCUUUUCGUAUCGAGGAAUGGCGACUCAUGACGGGCCUCAUUGCUGCCGCGCAAUACACCCUGACCUUGGAGCAGGCCCGCUUCCAAAGCUUUGUAUGGGAUGACGACGGGAGGAAUCUUGACCUUUUGUUGCAGAGCACGCUGAAAUUCGAAGACGCCGAUAAAAGAGCUCUGACUCAGCUCACAAUUCUCAAGACAAUCAGUGCGAUCAUAGAAGAAGAAUAUUCACUGGCGAUCAAAAAUCGUGAAUUUCGUGUGGUCAAUUUCAAGAUAAUAAGACCUGCAAUGAAUGAUGGGUCGUCAAUCACAUUACAAAAGCUGAAGGCUCAGCUGAAGAGGCGAAGCGAGGAUAGCGGUAAGAAAAAGCUGGGUUCUUACGCUAGUCGUAAUUUACCAUACGUGCCCAUUACGUCAUCAGAAAUAUCAAAUUACCUCUGUAUAGCCUCAGUCAUGUCAAGUGCCUACCCAGAGCAUGAGCAAGCGGCUGCUCUCCACAUUCCGCGCGCUCCAGCAUGA